AUGGCGACCGAGGUAGCAUUUGACACGUCUAUGGGCUCUUUCUCUGUAGAGCUCUACAAUACCCAUGCACCCAAGACAUGCAAGAACUUCGCGACACUUGCCGAACGCGGCUACUACAACAAUGUCAUCUUCCACCGUAUCAUCCCUAACUUCAUGGUUCAGACAGGCGAUCCUACCGGCACUGGUCGAGGCGGUAGCUCCAUUUACGGCGAGAAAUUCGAAGACGAGAUUCGCGGAGACUUGAAACACACCGGAGCUGGAAUCUUGAGCAUGGCCAACAGUGGGCCAAACACCAACGGCAGUCAAUUCUUCGUUACACUUGCGCCCACCCCAUGGCUGGACGGAAAGCACACAAUCUUUGGCCGUGUCAAGAGUGGCAUGAGAAUCAUUCAGCGCCUGGGGCUCGUCAAGACAAACGGAGAAGACAAGCCUAUGGACGAGGUCAAGAUCAUUCGGGCUCGAGUGGUCGAGCCGGGGGCACAGGAGUGA